CUGUUUGGCGGAAUGAAUACACCCCUGAAUGAGAGCCAAGCUGUUAAAUAUGGACUCUAUUCCUUUAAGAGCAGAGUAUCAGCCCUGAAGUCAGUAAACAAUAGGUAGGGAGGGGCUUAGGAACUUCACUUGGCUGAAAUGAAAACCUGAAUGUUAUGAACAGGAUCGAACUUCUACACUUUAAAGAAUCUAUCUAUACAGCUGUACUGUUACCUACUGUAGUCUCCAGUCACUGGAGCCUUUUUCUGAUCAGAGGAAGAGAAAGAACAGAGUCAACACACGCUGAGCAAUGGCUUCCUCCAGCAUUGUCCUGUCUGAAGAGCAGUUCCAGUGUUCUAUCUGUCUGGAUGUGUUCACUGAGCCAGUCUCCAUCCCAUGUGGACACAACUACUGCAAGGCCUGUAUCAGAGGAUACUGGGACAGCACUGAACUGUGCCAGUGUCCAAUGUGUAAGGAGAAAUUUGACAGAAGACCUGAGCUUCGUGUCAACACUUUCAUUUCUGAAAUGGCUGCUCAGCUCAAGAAGUUGGCUCCAGUUGAAGCCACACCCAUCACUCCAGGACAAUUCCAGACAACAACCCUCACCAAAUCUGGAGAAGUGCCAUGUGAUGUCUGCACUGAUACUAAGCUCAUGGCCCUGAAGUCCUGCCUGGUGUGUCUGGCCUCUUAUUGUGAGACUCACCUGGAGCCUCAUCAGAUACUGGCGUCUUUCAAGAAACACAAGCUGAUCAACCCUGUGGAGAACCUGGAAGACCGGGUGUGUAAGAAGCAUGAGAGACCCCUGGAGCUGUUCUGUAAGAGUGAUCAGACGUGUGUGUGUCAGUUUUGCACUGAGACAGACCACAAGUCUCACAAGACUGUCCCCAUAGAGGAAGAGUAUGGAGAGAGGAAGACUCAGAUGAGGAAGACUAAGGGUAAAGUUCAGAAGAUGAUCCAGGAGAGACUGCAGAAGGUUAAGGAGAUUGAACAGGCAGUAGAGCUCAGCAAGAGAGAUGCAGAAAAAGAGAUAGUAGACAGUGUGCAGAUCUUCACUGCUCUAGCGCGCUGUAUUGAGAGAAGCCAGUCUGAGCUCAUUGAGGUGGUUGAGAAGAAGCAGAAUGCAGCAGAGAAGCGGGCUGAAAGGUUAAUUGAAGAGCUGGAGCAGGAAAUCACUGAGCUAAAGACUAGAAGCACUGAGAUAGAGCAGCUCUCAUUUAUUGAAGACCACCUCCUACUCCUCCUCCAGAGCUCCCCAUCUAUCUGCACCCUUCCUCAAACCAAGACCUGGUCUGAUAUCAGUGUUCACAGCGGUCUGGGUGUGGGGACUGUGAGGAGAACUGUGUCUCAGCUGCAGGAGACACUCAAUAAAGAGAUGGAGAAGUUUCCUAAAGUCAAGCUGAAGAGGAUGCAGCAGUGUGCAGUGGAUGUGACUCUGGACCCUGAUACAGCAUGUCCUCAUCUCAUCCUAUCUGAAGACAGGAAACAAGUGAGAUAUGGCAACAUAAAGCUAAAUCUCCCUGCUAACCCAGAGAGGUUUAGUUUUAAUCCCCGUCUUUUAGGAAAGGACGGUUUCUCCUCUGGGAGUUUCUACUAUGAGGUACAGUUGAAAGAAAAGACUUGCUGGGCUUUAGGAGUGGCUAGAGAGUCCAUCAACAGGAUGGGGGAUAAUUCACUGAGUCUUGUAAAUGGAUACUGGACUGUGGGGCUGGUGGAUAUGAAGUAUAUUGCUGGUGCUGAUAGAGCCCCCCUCUCCCUGAGAGAGAAGCCCCAGAAGGUGGGGGUGUUUGUGGAUUAUGAGGAGGGUGAGGUCUCCUUUUAUGAUGUGGAGGCCAGGUCUCAUAUCUACUCUUACACUGGCUGCACCUUCACUGCGAAACUAUACCCACUGUUCUCUGCAGGCACAAAUCCUUCUGGUGAUAACUCAGCUCCACUAAUCAUCUGUCCCAUCAAGUCUGACUGAGUUUAGUGAACAGGGAAAUCAGUCAUAAGGAAGCAAAGAAACCUGUCAAUUUUUAUUUGUUGAUAUGUUUAAUUUUAAUAGAGAAUAAGCUGGCAUACUGUCAUUGAUAAGAUUUUACAAUGUCAAAUGUUAAUAUUCUAUGAUGUUGACCAAAUUGGUCCCACUUUAAAUGACGUUCAGCUUAUAAAGGCUUCAUAAAGCUUUCAAAAUGCCUUCAUAAGCACUACAUAAAUGUGUUACAAAG